AAGAUACUCAAUUACAAAAUUGCUUGGAAACAGUCUCCUCCUUUUCCACACCCACUAUCCUCGAGCGUCAAAACCGUAAGACAUUGAGAGUAAAGAGGGUUUCUUUUAAAUAGCAUACUUAAUGUAACUUUUUUUACAUACAGUUUUUUUAUUAUACGCUCUUUAAAUAGCUAUGAGUCGGGAUGGAGGAUUUAUUAAUUAAUGCUCGACACCAUCUAUGUAUGCGGAAUCCCAAGUUGAUUCGAAUUGGUCUUCGUCAAAUAGAAUCUAUUUUACAUCAUAUUGCACGACCUAGUAACAUUAAUGAUAAAAUCCCCAAAGAGAUUUUUCUAAAGUUGCAAGACUCUCAUCUGUACAACUCUGUUGUUCCUUGUAUCUAUGCAUUGGACAGCCUUUUGGAUUACCAGCAGAAUGAAGAAGCCUAUUUCGAAAAUUACGUCUUUAUUCAACGCCUUAUGGAUGAUUUGUUACAUGUGAUUGAGGGCCUGGUACUAAUCCAUCCCCUUUCCCAAACAUUUUUCGAGGAUAAAACUGCUUUACAUCUAUUUAUACAGGUUUUAGAACCAAACCAGAUUACAAGCCUUCAAGUGGCAGCUUUGAAGGCUCUUGUAUGUGUCAUGGUGGACCGCCCUCUUGUUGUCCGACUAUUUGAGUCCAUUGGUGGUCUGCAUCAAAUUUGCAUGUUAUUUAAGCAUAGACAAACGAGCCAGGAUACGCGUUUGCAAAUCCUUGAGUUCUUUUACUUUUAUUUAUCUCCUGAACCUUACAAUAUUGAGGAUUUACCAUAUCGCAAAACACGGAAGGAUAAACAAAUUUAUCUUUCAAAAUAUCUUUCUAAUGUUCAAGACCUACGGAAAGACUUGGAUACUUUUAAGCCAUUUGGUAAACUGGACGAGACUUUUGACUGAAAUUUUGGAAACAACUAUUCUUUCUUUCUUGCGUUACUACACCAAAUAGCUCUCAUACAGUUUUCACAAUAUAUCCAUAAAUAAAUAAAUUAAUUAUAUUUAGCUUGUUAAGUCAAUUCGAUCCCAAACGUCCAGUAUCCAACUAAACGAACUGUGGAGACCGAUGAAGACUCCAUCCCAGCAUGUGAUAUCAGCCAAAUUUCGUCCUUCUCCUACUCCAUCACGCCUCCGUAAAAAACUAAAAGAUGGCAAUCUUUGAGACAACAAAAAUGUAGAUGCCGUUGUGCCACUGUUUGGUGACAUACCAUAAGGUGUCUGACUAGGUAAAUUCGAGGAAUUAGAUAAGGAAGAGGCAUUAGAAGUUGGAGAAGCGAAUGUCCCACCGGCUGAGGAGGAUUUAUUGUGCGACAUGGGAUAGUUUGUGGUAGUUUUCGUAGACGACAGUCGAAGGAACUGAACCAUCUGAGAAAAUUUUUCAACAAUGAAGCUAUAUCUGUUUAUUAACUCGAAUUCAUUCUUGCUCAGUGCAACGAAUGCAUACCGUCGCAAACCUCCACGAGCAUGCUGAUCAUGCAAGGAAAAGGACUGAGCAAUCACGUAUCCAUUCUCGUCGUCUCCAAAGAAUAGCGGGUUUGACAUGGAUUCUGAAAUACUCGACGACACUGAAUACUCACAACUAAGGCAUCGGACCAUCAGCCUCCUCAAAAUGGAGUAUUUGUUCUGAUUUCGCGGGUAUUGGCUGGAUAUGUAUACAAUGUCAGGGUUUUUGGUAGAAAGGGAAAAAAGUCGUGGAGGAACAUCUGGUUGUAUAAAUUCACAUGGAAGAACUGUGCUGCAAGUAACACAAGCGGAUUUUCGGGAUAAAGGACUUUGGCGAGCUGAGAAAACUGAGCCGGCUGAAUGAAUGCGAGGAGAUUCAGUUGCUUUUGACUGCCUCUGAUUACUGUCUUCAGGGUCACUUUUGAACAAAGACUCUGUAGAACUUAACAUAGGAUCUUCCGAAACUUCAGAUUCAGCAUUAUCUUCCGAUGGUGCUGAAGAUUUAGUAGCAAUGGGUGUAUCAAAAUGAUCACCCAACUCAGAACGGCGCAAUUUCUGAGUACAGAAAAUUAUUGACGGGCCUUCCAAUUCACAGAAGUGUCCAAGAGAAAAGAUGACAUCCAUAUUACAAAGUGGAAAGAACACUAAGGCAACGAAUCUAAAAGAAAUUGACCAAAAAACAAACUUUGUAUUGAUCCGUAAACCAUUCAGCGGUAUAAUAAGAAACUCAAUCCUUCUUAGAAAGCUAUUUACAUUCAAAAAUGGCAAAAUUGUUGCAACGGGCAGCGACAAAUGACUGUUAGGCCUGCAAGAUCAACUAAUAGUAAGCAAUAUAAUGUUUGAUGGCGCAUAGCAGAAGUAAGGAACUUCUAAAGAAUUCAAAUAUAAAUAUAUUAAUGAUCACAUCCAAUAAAUCUUAAAAGUAGC